CGGCGUUUGCCGCUCAGUGUCGCGACAAUGCUGGUCACGGGACGUGUGUUUGCGUUGUCGCUGCUGUUCUCGGCGAUGGCCGCGUCCACGGCCGCACUUCCGGCCUGGCCACCGACGUCGCUCAGGCAGCAGACGGACUACGGCCGCGUGUGCUACCGGACCGUCCAAAACCCGUACGUGUACUUCGGCACAAAGACCACUUACGGUGCGGUGGCCGGCAACGACUUGCAGACUCCGCCAGACUGUCGACCGUUGCAAGUGUGGCUGGUAUCCAGGCACGGUACGCGAUAUCCGUCUCGAAAAAAGAUCGAGGAACUUAAGAAGUUGAACGAGCUUAAGACAAUGAUAACAGCCGAAUCGACCAUGUGCCCAGAGGAUAUCGUGGCCAUCAAGAACUGGAAUACAAAUCUGACCAAAGACGACCAUUAUAUGCUGCAGAGACAGGGUGUCGAGGAACUCAGGUCGCUGGCCUUUCGGCUUAAAAGACAAUUCCCACAGAUAUUCAACAACCCAUACACUGAAGCUAACUUCAAAUUUCUGACUUCACAUAAACAACGUGCCAAAGACAGCGCCACUGUGUUUUACCAAUCAGUGUUCAACCGAAACCCCGAAAACGAAUUACCGAUCGUCAAAACAUCCGAUGAUAGAUUCUACCUGUACAAGUGCAAGCAGGUGGAAGACGACGACGACGACACAAAGGGACAAGGAGAAGUGAAAAAGUUCGAGGACGGCCCACUGGUGCGGUCCGUUGUGUCCAGGGUAUCUAUGGCGAUGGGCCUUAAACAAAACCUCAGUUAUGAAAAUGUUUCGCUGAUGUUGGAAUCGUGCAAGUACGAGAAAGCUUGGUACAUACAGUCGCGACCAGCAUGGUGUGCCGUGUUCACGCAGAGCGAUUUCGAAAUCCUUGAAUACAUAGAUGAUCUCAAAUAUUACUAUGAUAAUGGUUAUGGAAAUCCCAUUGGAGAAAGCAUGGGAUGCCCUAUUGUGAAGGACUUGAUAGACAACUUCAAGAACCUUGCUAGAGGAAAACAAGGACCAUUAGGAAUAUUUUACUUUGGACACUCACCCAACGUUUUAAGCGUAGUUGCCAGGUUGGGCAUCGGAAAAGAUAAUACUCCAUUACUGAGUACAAACUUUGAACAGAUGAAAACUAGAAAAUGGAGGACAUCAUUCAUAGAUCCAUUUGCAUCAAAUGUAAUAGCAGUGUUCUACAAAUGUAGGGACGGAAAUAAAGCAAUGAUUUUGCUCAACGAACAUGGCAUACCGAUGGGUAAAGAUGAUUGCCGAACAUGUCCAUGGGAACCAAUUGAAGCACAAUUUAAUGCAAUUGUCUCUAAUAAUCAAUCAUGCAACUUAAAUAUGUGUAAAAACUCUGCAGUAUUAUCCUCAAUAAAUUUAGUCAUAGUCAUAUUUGCAUACGUAAUACAUAUUUUGCUAUAUAUUUAAAAAAUAUUUUUACUUUUAUCUCAUAAUAUAAAAUUGAACGUAAAUGUAAUACUAUCUUAGUAGUUAGUCUUUGUUUAAAUUAUCCAGUGCAACUUGAAUAGACCAUAUACUCAGUGGUCUCAUAUAACCAACAGAGCGAUACGCAUUUUUAGAAUAAAUUGCUUCUGGUGUUUGGUACGCCAUGCCAAUAUUAUAAUAAACAGUAUUAUAAAUACCCUUAGCCGUGUUAAAACCUUCUUCGCGCAAACCCUAUGAACAAAUAUUGAUUAUUAACAUAAUAUACUUCAUUGUAAUAUUAUAAUUCACAAUAUAAAACUAACGUGGGAGAUCAUUAGAGAGGACAAGGCAUAUGUAACUCCUGUCCAAACUUCUUCACUUUGCACAGAAAACGUGUCUAGAUUUCCAUCAGGCAUCAUGCCAUUCACAGCUCCCAUUUUUCCAUUGUUGAACCCAAGCACAUUCAUCUUGUA